UUAUACAAUUACAAAUUGGUCAGGAAUAGAGAAUAUUAAAAGGUACAUGUUCAUACAUAUAAACACGCAUUAAAUAUUAAUUAAUCAGAGCAUUAUAUGGAGAGAAUCCAUAGAUAACAUACAGACAAAUUAUUUCCUUUUCAUCUUAUUCUAGAAAAAUCCAAUUAAAGCUACUUAUUUAGUCGUAUAGCCUAUAGUUUAUAUAAAAAAAAACAUUUAUUUUAUUUAUAAAAGAAAGAGAAAAAAAAAAAGAGCCAUUUUCAUCAGCUUCGUCUUCUCCAUUAUCUCUCUACCAAAUCUGGCAGAGAAAAACAAAAAAAAAAAAACCGAAGAAGAAGAAAAACUUCGAUUUAAGAAGAUAAUAGCGAAAGGAGACUCAAUAUGGAUAAGAGCUGUAACUCCUCCGGCGAUUCCUCCGCCGUAUCCGCCUCCGCAACGAGUAGUACCGGUAACAAUACAACGAACAGAGAUCAUUAUCUGAGACAACUCAAUAAGCUUUCUCAUAAAAUAUCAAAACCGACAAACUCCUCCUCCUCCGUCUCCGCCGUGAAUCGUGAAAUUGAUCUUCCUCCACCGCCGCCGUUAAUUAAUCAAGGGAAUCUCCACCAACAUCAACCUCCUGUUUACAAUAUCAACAAGAACGAUUUCAGAGAUGUUGUUCAGAAACUGACAGGCUCACCUGCACAUGAACGGAUCUCUGCUCCGCCGCAACAACCGAUUCAUCACCCUAAGCCUCAACAGAGUUCGCGUCUACAUAGGAUUCGUCCUCCUCCGUUGGCUCAUGUUAUCAAUCGUCCUCCUGGUUUGCUAAAUGACGCACUCAUCCCUCAAGGUUCUCAUCACAUGAAUCAAAACUGGACCGGCGUUGGAUUUAACCUUCGACCAACGGCGCCGCUUUCUCCUCUCCCGCCGUUACCUCCGGUUCACGCGGCGGCGGAAUCUCCGGUCUCUUCGUACAUGCGGUAUCUUCAGAACUCGAUGUUCGCAAUCGAUUCGAAUCGGAAAGAGUUCUCUGGAUUAUCUCCGUUAGCUCCUUUGGUCUCUCCUCGUUGGUACCAACAACAACAACAGGAAAACGCUCCGCCUUCGCAGCAAAACAGUCUUCCACCGCCACAUCCUCCUCCUCCUUCCGCCGCUGUUUUGCAGACGGCGCCGACAUCGAUUCCGGCGCCUCCACCGUUUGGAUGUUUGAAUUCGCCUAAAUCUCCGUACGGAUUACUCUCUCCGAGCAUACUUCUAUCGCCAGCGUCCGGUCAGUUAGGGUUCCCGGUAUCUCCGACGACGGUGCCGCUUCCUAGCCCUAAAUACAAAGGUCAUUGAUCAGAAAACCUCUUGUCGGUCAAAGUGAAAGACGUCGUCGUUUUGACCGUCACGACAAAAUUCCCUUUGUUCUUUUUGUACAUCAUUAGUGGAGUGGUGGGAUCAUUUGUUUUUUUUUUGUUAAUUAACUCAAAAAUUACUUAAAAUCCGUUUUUUUUUUUGUACUUUCUUUUGUUCUAUGUUUGUUCAUGUUAGAAACAAAGACUAGGAAAAAGAAACGAAUACACUUUUGCAACUCUAUUGAAUUCUCUUAUAAGUUUGCAAUUA